AACAGACACCUUUUCUUCUUCUUCCUGUCCCAAUUGCGAGGUGGAGUCUGUAUCGAUCGCAUCUAAUUUUAUCGGGAGACGCCAGCCGAACGGGACCAGGAUUGGCACGUCCCACCACCAAAACACACGUCAUUCAAAGCCAACAACUGCCUGUGCUAUGUUCUGCUCUGCUACCUAGAAGUACCAAGGUAUACUGAUGACAGCAGCGCCAUCGCACGUGUCGUCUCUGAAACGAACACGCAAACACCAUGAUGCGAAAGGCACCCGCGAACUCGAUGCAGAAGACGUACGAUGAGUGCUAUCUGAUCUGCUCCACAGCCAUUUACUUCGAGGGCCAGAACAACGAGGCAGAGGCAUUGCGCGCCUGGCGCAAUGCGCUCGAUCAGAUCUACUACCACAAUGCCUACAAGAUGCCUUCCAACUAUAGUCCAAAGAGCGAGACGGAAAGGGCGUUGGCCGACUCCCUCAAGGCCAUGGAGGUGCAGUGCAAAGAGCGAGUGGACUUGCUGGAGGCCUUGAAGAAGAGCAGACUGGAGGCCGCAAAGGCGGACAAGGAGGCACAGGCUGCGGGCGUGGCAGGUCCCAGUCACGGGAGUCUUUUCCGCAGUCGGGAGUCUCUGGAAAGAACUACCACCACGGGCACCAACUCCAAUGGACAAGGCACGACUUGGCUGGGAAACAACACGGUUCCUCCAGCGACGUAUGCAAGCAUCCCGCGACCUCCACCAACGCCCGAGCGAAGACCGCCCGUCCAGCCUGCACGACCUUCGUACACGACCAAGAAGAGCAGUCAUGCAAAAGAUAGUCCGCGUAACAUGAGUCUGCAGUCUCCAGCUGCAGCAAGCCCGCUCGUGACACCUUCUGCAAACGCGAGCAGCAGUGAUCGGCCUCGGGAUAGGACGCCGAGUCCCGAGAAGAAGAACGGCAUGCUGAAGACACUGCGAUCUGGCAACGCCAAGGAAAGCAGGUCGUCCUCGUCGAAGAUGACAACUACGCUGCGAAGUCGUCCUCAGCCCGCUGCAGCGAGUGCGGCUGCUCUGAGCUGGACAAAGCCAGCCCAGCAAAACACGAAUGCUACAGGACCCAGCAAAUCGAUCACCACGUGGGAUCCCUUGACACGGACUCUUGUUCGUGGAAACUCUUCGCAACAAGAUGCUCAUAAAGCCUCGGACAAUUCAUACGUACACCCGCCAAGCCCUUCCGACUUUCAACAUGGAGGCACCUCGAACCCGUUUGCCAACUUUGACUCAAGCAACGAAGUCAUUGCCAGCAUGCCGCCUCCACCGCCUCCCCACAGAAUCACUCCGCCCACCCCAGCUAGUGAACCCCCAGCCACGCCGAGCAGCAUGGCAGAUAUGCCGCCGACAUCACUCUCUUAUAUGAAGGAGUACCCGAACAACCCACCUAUAGCUAAGAGAGCACCGCCUCCGAUCCCUUCGAAGCCAAGUGACGGGCGAUCAGCCUCGGAUGGGGCGGCCUCAAGAAAAGCCCAUCGCAUCAUCGAGUCUAGUCAAGCUGCGACGAUUCCGCGAAAAGCAGUCGGUAGGGCUACUGCGACCAUUGAACGGCAGAAAUUAGAUAGUGUUCAGGCGCAGCUCAGCAGUCGCGCUCGACAGGAUUCUCGAGCUGGACCUGCUGGUUAUCUCAGCAGCAGUCCUGAUGCCGUACCGAAACGCAAUGCAACCAAGAAGAAGAUUGAAGGCAGGACAGUUCCGGCGCGGGCCAUGACACCGCCCACCACAGAUGAUGCCGAGGGCGAUUCUGAUAACCCUGGAACACCAAGCGAGAAAGAUGCGUUUGAAGCCCGCGUCAAACAGAUCAUGAAGAAGCUGCCCAAGGGCGUUGACGAGGCUGCCGCAAAGCAGAUAUUCAACGAGAUUGUUAUACAAGGAGACGAAGUUCAUUGGGACGAUGUGGCGGGACUGGAGAUUGCUAAAUCUGCUCUGAAGGAGACUGUGGUAUACCCAUUCUUGCGUCCGGAUCUGUUUAUGGGCCUUCGAGAACCCGCGCGCGGCAUGCUUCUGUUUGGACCCCCUGGUACUGGCAAAACCAUGUUAGCUCGAGCAGUGGCGACAGAGAGCAAGAGUAUAUUCUUCGCCAUUUCAGCUAGUAGCUUGACCAGCAAGUUUCUCGGCGAGUCGGAAAAAUUAGUUCGAGCCUUGUUUGUGUUAGCAAAAGAGCUGGCUCCCUCGAUCAUCUUCGUGGACGAGAUUGAUUCGCUGCUGGGGUCUAGAGGUGGUAGCAGUGAGCAUGAGGCCACCCGAAGGAUCAAGACGGAGUUCCUGAUUCAAUGGAGUGAUCUACAGAAGGCCGCUGCGGGAAGAGAGACAACCGAUGGUGAUGCCUCUCGCGUGCUGGUCCUCGCUGCUACCAACUUGCCGUGGGCGAUUGACGAAGCCGCGCGGCGACGAUUUGUGCGACGAGCAUAUAUUCCACUUCCGGAAGGUUGGGUGCGGGAGAAGCAGCUUCGCACAUUGCUCGCCGCUCAAAAGCACAACUUGCGAGACGGAGAUUUGCAAGUGUUGGUUGCACUCACUGACGGAUUUUCGGGAUCGGAUAUUACGGCACUUGCAAAGGAUGCCGCUAUGGGUCCUUUGCGUUCCUUGGGCGAGAAAUUGUUGCACAUGUCACCCGAAGACAUUCGACCGAUUGGGAUGCAGGAUUUCGAAGCAUCUCUCGUGAACAUUCGUCCUUCAGUCAGCAAGCAGGGACUGAAGGAGUUUGAGGACUGGGCGAGGGAGUUUGGUGAGAGGGGAGGAUAGAUGGUGCUUGCUAUCAGACCCUAAGUCUCUUGGGUAUACAUAGUGGUACUGUGCUUCCCACCCCCCCAUCUUGCCCAUGACGCAGAUGGGAAGCACUAAGUGGGCAUGGACGGCGGUAUAGGGAGCAUCGGUACACAUCAGGAGGCGUGGAAGCAAGACGGCCACGAGCGUGGAGCGAUAGGACGGCAGCGCUUUGUAUGAUUGAACUUGACUACAUUGAGAUACCACGAUGAAUUUGGGAAACGAGUUAGCAGCUCGACGAGGGCAACAGUCUGAUGUCCUUGGUCGGUGUC